UACCUUUUUGCUUCGUAUUUUGCUUUUUCUCUUUAUUUCUUUCUUUCCUGUUUUUUCUUUUCUUUUCUUUUCUUUUCUUUUCACACUCACACACUCGCUUUCAUGCCUCUUCUUAAGUUUCUUCAAGUGGGUUUUGGGUUUUAACUCAUUUCCCACCUCAUGGCCUCUCUCUUUCAUUGCUUUUUCUAGUCAAGUUUUACUAAACCUUUUGGUUCUCUAUUGUUUUUAAGUCCAUAUAUAUAUAUAUAUAUAUAUGGUAGAUAUGUUUUGACUAGGAUUUACUCAGGUGGGUAUGUUUGGGUGGUGAGAAUUGUUUUUGGGGAGUGAGAUUUCUGGGUUUUAGUGAUAAGUUUAUUUUUUUUAUUUAAUACUUAAUUUAUUUGGGAGAUUUGGGAUUUGGGUUUUGUGUGGAGAUUUGGGUAUUGUAACUAGUACUAUUUUAUUUGAGAUUCAGGAGUGAGAAAGUAAGGAGAAGCAGGGGAGGACAGAGAAGAGUGAUGGCAGGAGGUGGAGGAGGAGGAGGGGCUGCGCCGCCGCCAAAGCAGGAUGAGUUGCAGCCACAUCCGGUAAAAGAUCAGCUUCCCAACAUUUCUUACUGCAUUACCAGUCCUCCUCCUUGGCCUGAGGCUGUACUACUUGGGUUCCAGCACUACCUUGUGAUGCUAGGCACAACAGUUCUGAUUCCCUCCACUCUUGUUUCCCAGAUGGGAGGAGGAAAUCAUGAAAAAGCAAAGAUGAUUCAGACACUGCUGUUUGUGGCUGGUUUGAACACAUUGACUCAGACAUUGUUUGGAACCCGAUUACCUGCUGUGAUUGGAGGGUCUUACACCUUUGUGCCCACAACACUUUCAAUUGUCAUGGCUGGUCGAUACAAUGACAUUUUAAAUCCCGUGGAGAAAUUUGAGAAGAUAAUGCGAGGUAUCCAGGGGGCCCUUAUUGUUGCCUCCACUCUCCAGAUUGUCAUCGGCUUUAGUGGCCUUUGGCGCAACAUUGCAAGGUUCUUGAGUCCACUAUCUGCUGUUCCUUUGGUUGCUCUGACUGGCUUUGGGCUCUAUGAGUUUGGAUUUCCUCUGGUCUCUAAAUGUGUGGAAAUUGGACUGCCCCAGCUUAUCUUUCUAGUGAUUUUUUCACAGUAUGUACCUCAUUUAUUGGGCGCAAAGAGUCAUAUCUUUGUUCGCUUUUCCGUUAUAUUCUCUGUUGUCAUUGUGUGGAUCUAUGCAUACCUACUUACUGUGGGCGGUGCAUAUAAGAACAGACCAUCAAAGACUCAGAUAAGCUGCCGAACAGAUCGUUCUGGACUUAUAGGUGCUGCUCCAUGGAUAAGAGUCCCGUAUCCAUUUCAAUGGGGAGCUCCAACGUUUGAUGCUGGUGAAGCGUUUGCUAUGAUGGCUACUUCGUUUGUUGCUCUUGUAGAGUCUACUGGUGCCUUCAUCGCCGUGGCAAGGUAUUCUAGUGCAACUCCUUUGCCACCAUCCAUUCUUAGCCGUGGGGUCGGUUGGCAGGGAGUGGGCAUAUUGUUCUCUGGACUAUUUGGAACCGGGAAUGGAUCAUCAGUCUCCGUUGAAAAUGCUGGUUUACUUGCAUUGACACGUGUUGGCAGCCGAAGAGUCGUGCAGAUAUCUGCUGGAUUCAUGAUAUUCUUUUCCAUACUCGGGAAAUUUGGAGCCAUUUUCGCUUCAAUUCCAGCGCCAAUUGUUGCAGCUUUGUACUGUAUUUUCUUUGCUUACAUAGGCGCUGGAGGUCUCAGUUUCCUUCAGUUCUGCAAUUUAAACAGCUUCAGAACAAAGUUCAUAGUGGGAUUCUCAUUUUACUUGGGCUUGUCAAUACCGCAGUAUUUCAACGAGUACACCGCAAGCCACAGUUACGGACCUGUCCACACUAGGGCAAGAUGGUUCAAUGAUAUGAUUAACGUGCCUUUUUCAUCGGAGCCGUUUGUUGCUGGCUUGUUGGCACUAUUCCUAGACAUCACGUUGCAUCGGACAGAGAACACAAGGAAGGACAGGGGCAUGCACUGGUGGGACAGGUUCCGGUCGUUCAAAACUGACACAAGGAGUGAAGAAUUCUAUUCACUGCCCUUCAAUCUCAACAAGUUCUUCCCAUCAGUGUAGUUUUUUCUGGGCUGGAGAGAUCAAAUUUUAUAGGUAAUAUUAUGAUAUCAGUGUAAUUUUCCCCAAAAAUAGCUCAUUGUGGGUGUUGCAACUUUCUAUUUACUUUACCUUUUUUGCCCUUUGAGACACCAACUAAGCAGUAUACAUGAAUAUGUUGGUUUUCACAGCACAACACUCCUUUGAGUUGUUUUCUUCUUUUUGCCCCUCUAUUGUUGAACUGUUAAAAUUUAGCAUGUCAUAUCUUUUAGCAUAGUAAUUAAAUCUUACAAAAAAAGAAAGG